CCUUAAACCACACCCAUGAAGGAUAUAAAGGUGUGGGUCAUAGCCUCACCAGCCACUGGAUCCAGACACUUGCAAACAAAGUACAACUCCCAUUCACUUCAAGUGAGACAGAGAAUGGAAAGCCAGAGCCGUGGUGUGGCUCCAUCCUACCUCGCAUGGUCUAUCUUUAACACUUUAUGUUGUUGUCUGCCUCUAGGGAUUGCUGCCAUUGUCUGCUCCUGCAGGGCACAAAAUGCUAAUGCUCUUGGAGAAUCAGCUCAAGCAGAGGAUGCAUCAAGGACAGCCAAGAUCCUAAAUGUCAUUGGACUUGUCUGUGGAAUCAUUUUGAUCAUCAUUUUCAUCGCUCUCAAAGCCACACAGCAUUGAAGGUGUCUGUUAAUGCCCACAGAUUCUUUGGUAUUUCAGCCAAGCUUUUUGUAAAAUGAACUUCCCCUCCCCCACCCAGAGGACCGCAAAAGAAAAACAGAUGUCUGCAUGUGCCUGCAUGUGUUUUUUUUUGUUGAUCAAAAAGCCAUAACCUGAUGAAUGGUGAUUGUAAAAGCCAAAAACAUAAUUUGCUAAAGGAGAAAGUCAUUCCUUUUUAACAAUGAAUUACACAUGUUGUUGUUUGGUUUUGAUCAAAUAAACAAUGCAACAUGA